ACAUUUUACUGUUUUGUAAAAAGCUGACGAAGAACAUGAAACGUGAAACGUUCAAAACUGUUGAUUGUUUUGUUAUUGUUGUUAUAUUACCAAUGCGCUAAUGAUUAUCAUGCCGGGUCUAACCGUAAAGGUUAAGGGGGAAACAAUGACUAAUGAAUGAAGAGAUGCGUCUUCUUCUUCUAACCCUGGUUCUUAAAAAAAUAAAUAAACGGUUAUAAAUAUGUUUGGGGGGGGGGGGCAUAUAUAAUUAAAGCUCUCUGUCCGUGGCGUGUGCAGCAAAGAAAGCAGCUUCUGUGGUUCUAUCAGCUGAUUCCUUCCUGCAUGUCUUGGUGCUCUACUGGAUUUGUGAACCACCAGGAGAUCUGAAAAAAAUACCAGGUAUGGAGCCUGCCUGCCGAAAAGACAAACCCAAACUGAUCUCCACCCCGACCAGAGGAGACAGAGGACGGCAGAAGUCUGCCCAGCAGGAGCUCAAACAGCGACAAAGAGCGGAGAUUUAUGCUUUGAACAAAGUGAUGACCGAGCUGGAGCAGCAGCAGUUUGAGGCUUUCUGCAAACAGAUGCAGUCGCAGGGAGAGUAAGACGCUGCUGGGAAAACAGCAGAAACAUUCACAUUCUGACACUGACGGUGCUGAAGUCCUCAUCAUCCGCUUUGAAGUUUGAGUCUGAGGAGUUUCAUGUGUUUCUUGUAACAAACAUUUUGCUGUGUGUUUUUUUCUUGUUAGUUUUUUGUGAGCCAAGUUUAAAUAAAUGAGUUUGGUUUGAAGCAAAGUAUUUAUUAUGCAUUAUUUUAAAAGUACAACAUGAUAUAAUACUACCAUAAACUAUUCUGAAAAAUAUCAUAUCAUUGUCAUCAUAUAUAGGCUAAAGUCUUGCUCAGAAAUAUGCAAAUUUAUUUUAGCCACAAACUAUGAAGAAACAAGUUCUUGAUUGGUUUGAAUGGUUUCCUUUAACUUAAAGCUCCUCGUUUAAAGUUUUGAAACUGUUUACUUGGCAUGUACACAUUUCAUUUCUAUUGAGUUUUUAAAUGUUUUUUUUAAAUAAAGUUUUAAACUUUUACUACUGAAAAAUGUUUACUUAUGAAUAUCAAUGCACUCUGUUCUGAACAAAAGUUUUGUGCAGAUUAAAAUUUGCAUUCCUUUUUCUAAAA